GGCGUGGGAGGAGGACGGGAGCGGGGGCGGGAAGUUCCCGGAAGGAGCGAGACAGGGAGGGACAGGGCUAAGGAGAGGAAGGCGAUGCGACGGACGGGCGCACCCGCUCAGGCUGACUCUCGGGGGCGAGGUCGAGCCAGGGGCGGCUGCCCUGGGGGCGAGGCGACGCCGUCUCUUCCUCCACCUCGCGGCGGAACCCGAGGACAGGAGCCUCAGAUGAAAGAAACUAUAAUGAACCAGGAAAAACUUGCCAAACUGCAGGCACAAGUGCGCAUUGGUGGGAAAGGAACUGCUCGCAGAAAGAAGAAGGUAGUUCAUAGAACAGCUACAGCAGAUGAUAAAAAACUUCAGUUCUCUUUAAAGAAGUUAGGGGUGAACAAUAUCUCUGGUAUUGAAGAAGUGAAUAUGUUUACAAACCAAGGAACAGUGAUUCACUUUAACAACCCUAAAGUUCAGGCAUCUCUGACAGCGAACACUUUCACCAUUACAGGCCAUGCUGAGACAAAGCAGCUGACAGAAAUGCUACCCAGCAUCUUAAACCAGCUUGGUGCAGACAGUCUGACUAGCUUAAGGAGACUGGCUGAAGCUCUGCCCAAACAAUCUGUGGAUGGAAAAGCACCACUUGCUACUGGAGAGGAGGAUGAUGAUGAAGUUCCAGAUCUUGUGGAGAAUUUUGAUGAGGCUUCCAAGAAUGAGGCAAACUGAAUUGGAUGAACUUCUGAAGAAGAUAAAACUUGAAGAAGUUUCUGGGAGCUGCUAUUUUAUAUUAUGACUGCUUUUUAAAAUUGUUUAGUUUAAGGAUCUAAUAAAAUCUAGAUCUCUAAUAUUUUUAAACCCAAGCCCUUUGGACACUGCAGCUCUUUUCAGUUUUUGCUUAUACACAAUUCAUUCUUUGCAGCUAAUUAAGCUGAAGAAGCCUGGGAAUAAAGUUUGAAACAAAGGUUAAUAAAGUUCUUUGCCUAGUA